AUGACUGGGGGUGAAGUUAUGAUCGUUCUCAAUCGUGUAGCCAAACCAAAAUCCGGUCGCUCGUCGACGGAACGUCGCCACGCUCUUCUUGCGUCUCUCCUUCCUUGUUCCGUGGACAUGCCUUCUUGUUCUUAUUGUGAAUCGCGCGGCAUGAAAUUGUGGUUUGAGAAAAUAAUGCGAGCUGUGUCUCGCGGAAUUGAUGACUUGGAGGAAUUGGAUCGGGUGGAGCGUGAGGAGGCGGAACAGGAGGAGCGUCGACGAUCAACCGAGGUCCUGCCUGAAGUGUCCUUGGAGUCGCUUCUUCCGGAUUCCAAUUUUGUCUGGGAUUCGACUUUCCCGAUGGGUCCUCUAAAUCCUUCGUUGUUGGAUGAGAUGAAUGUUCUUGCGCAACAUUCCGUUGGUUCGUCUGGUGGUAUGGUUUCGAGUCCUGGUCGGCCCUUAACUUCUGGGAAUGAUCCAACUCCUGAUAGUAUUGGCGGAGCGGUUCCUGGCAAUCCUGGAGGUGGUUAA